UCAUCCGCAGCGGGUCGUCACCACCAACACCAUUUGCGUCUCUCCUUGCGACAAUCCCACUUGGGAUAACAAAUCAUCUGAAACAAAAUCCCAAAAAAUCUCCAUUAGAACAUGAAGCGGAAGAAGUGGUCGGAGGUAGAAGAGCAAACCCUACUCAGCAAGUACUCUGAUCUGGUCAACUCAGGAGCUCUAGCCAAGCUCAAAACCCGAGAGAAGAAGUUCCGACCCAUCGCUGACCACGUUAAUACGGUGCAUCACCUGCAGGACCCCAUUACCUUCCCCUUCAAGUGGUCCUGGCGCGACGUCUCCAUCAAGGUCCAGAACAUGAGGCACCAGUACUUAGGCGUCAAGCAGAAGAUCAGAAUCUCCAAAGACGACUUCAAUUGGAAAGACGGCGUGAAUCACUGGGAAAAUUUUCUAAAAUACAAGGAGGUUUUUGGAGACGUGGAGCUGGAAGCUAAAGGAAAGAAAGGCGGCAGCGACUUGUUCGAGAAUUGCUGCGAUUUGGGGAUUGGGAUGGAGUGCGAGGAUUUGGAGGAGGAAGAGGAGGAAGAUGCAGUGGGUAGUGAGAGUGAAUUGGUUACUCGAGGGAAGGCGAAGAAGGGUUAUGGAGGGUUAGGGUUGAUUGGAUCGCAGGUUUUGGAGUUGAGAGAAGCGAUGGUAAGGAGAGAAGAGAAGAGAAGGGAAAGAGAGUAUGAGAGGGAGAUAAGGGAAGUGGAGAGGGAGGGGAAAAGAAGAGAGUGGGAGGUGAGGAGGGAAAGCGAGAGAGCAAUGGAAGUGGAGGAAGAGAGGUGGGUUGAGAGGAGAGUGAGGAUAGAAAGGGAAGUAGAAGAGGAGGAGGAGAGGAGGAGGAGGAGAAGGAGGAUGAUAUUGGAAGAGGAGAAGGAGGAAGAAGAGAUGGAAUGGAGGGAGAAGAUGGUGGGAAUGCAGAUGGAACAUGAAAAGGGGAUGAUGCAGAUGCAAGCAGAAGCAUGGCAGAACCAGAUGCAAAUUGUAGGGUUGAUGGGGAGAUUGUUAUGCCAUUUUUUUGGGACUCCUACUGAUGGAGCUUUAGGGGGUUUGGCUUUAACACCUCAGGUUUUGCACCACAAUCCCAGUGGAGGAUUACCCCACAAUGCUAAGCCUCAUGCCAACUCUCCUUCUGACUUCAUCUAGAAAUGGUAGACAAAGGCUAGGGGCAGCAAUGGGCGGACUGGAAGCUACUUUGGUCCCCCACCCAAAGUCAUGUUGGCUGGAUGGUCUCCCACCCAUCCUCAUCACGAGGGCAGGGAGAAAGCACCUUCAUCCUGUUUAAUGAAGCGAAUUAAGGAAAAGCACUGUUCACUGAAGCAACCCACUGUUUUGAAAUAACUUCUUUAAAAAUAAAUUAUGUAAGAUUCACUACCAUCCCAGAUCAUGGUGGAAUUAACAUUUAUUUGCAGUGACCUCACUUUUUAAAAAUAACUUGUUUAAAAACAAAUCAUGAAGGAUCUGCUACUAUCCUCUAUCAUGGUGAGCUAGAAGGUUACAUUUUUUUUUUUAAAUAAAGAGCCAGAAGGUUACAUUACAACUAGUUUUACAAAGUGGAUAAGGAAAAUAUAGGUGACGAGGUUACAAAAAUGUUUAGCACCUACUUCAUAGUGUAAAUUCUUAAUUAGGACCUACACAAAGUGUUCUAACUUGGUGUUUGUAUGCAUGGGACAUUCACAAAAUUAAAACUUCAAAAAAAUUAUUCUUACGACCCAAAAUUAGAGAGAGGAAAUUAAGUACAUCCAUAAAUGAGAAAAGAUAAUAUGAAAAUUCCUAAAAUAUAAAGAAAAUAUCAUAGCUUCUUCAGGUUCCAAUCGUCUUGUCCAAAAGAUUCCUUCUGGAACUCCACUUAUCAAAGGAAAAAUAGAAUUAGAAGACUAAGAACUUGAAAGGCCACAUAACAUAAAAUAAAGAACCAAAUAUGAUACAAAAAAUGCAAUAAACUAUUUAUCCAUAAAAUAAGAUGCUAAAUAAUGAUAUGUGCAAUUCAAUUUUUUUGAAAUAAAAAUAUAAAGUAUAUAAUUAAUCAACAAUACCAAGGGGGUACCACCCAUUUACAAGAUAUUUGCAAGUCUGUUAGAGUGUCUAUUAUAUAUCCAAAAUCCUCCAUUUUAUAUAUUUCAUGACCCAGGAAAAGAGACCAAAAUAAUGAAAUCAACUUUCCCUAAUUCUAAAAAUCUCCAUUUCCAUUAUCUUAAAAGCCCUACUAUUUCUCUCUUUUCAUACCACCCAAAAAAUAGCAAAAGGAAUGAGAUUUACAAAAAAAUUUUACAUGUCUUCCGAAGCCCAAAUCUCAUCCCUAACCAAACUCUCAAUAACCAGUUGAUCCCUAACAAUCCAUACAGCAUAGUCCACAAGUUAUAAACCACCACCAUAGCAGAAUGUGGUUACACGAUUUGGUUGCAUUCUUGCAAAGUUAACAUCUGUUCACCAUUAUUAUCUCCCUCCUCAUCAGCUUGUCAAUAGUCACAAUGCUCCCAAGCAAAAAAAGCAAUUCUUGGUGGCGCUUUUGCCUUCCAAACCUUCUUAGCUGGAAACCUUAGCUCCCCUAUCUCACCAUUUUUAGUCAAAUGGUUGUACAAAAAUUUCACCGUGAACAACCCAUUCUUAUUUAGUUUCCACACAAGUUGAUCACUAUUAUCGUUCAAUUGGAUUGUGGACAAGAAUUGUAAUAAGAUUCAUUUUCAUCCAUUUCCCAAUCAUUGAGAUUUAUUGUCACAUUAACUAUCCACUCCCUCCAGAAUUCCCCUCCCCCAUAAGCCGCCUCCACAAAGAUGUUCUUCAAUUGAGCAAUGGCAAAAAUCUGUGAAAAUUGAUCCUUUAGACUACCCCUCCAGAUCCAGUCAUCCUGCUAGAAGAGAACCUUAUUCCCUCUUUCCACCUUCCAAUUGAUACACUCUUGUAUAUUAUGUCUCCUCAAACAUAUACUCUUCCAAAGCCCCAACCCAAACGGUCUACCCAAAUCUCCAAUAGUCCCUCCCCCACUAGCAAACCUGCAAUGAUAUGUGCAAUUCAUGUGCAAAGAUAUCAACACACACGUUCUUCAGGACAAGCUUAAAUUUCCAAUUAAGACUCCAAACCAUUCAGGAAACCACUUAUCCAAUAUGCAAGAAAAUUAGUAAUAAUGAAUCCUAUAUCCACCAGACUUAAAGUGUCAAAAAAAGGAGAGGGUUAUUUUUUUAUAGGGAAAAAGAAAUAGGAUUAAUGAGCACCAAGGAAGGCAUCUGAUGUAUAAAAUUAUAAAGAGAA